CCGCUUUCUGUCCUGGGAGGUUAUCUCUGAUCCCAAGCUCGGGACUUGGCACAGCACUAGCCCGGAGCGCAGGCAGCAGGUGCCUUUGCUCAGAGGAACUGUGUCAGAGCUUAUGCUCCUGGCUGGGGUUUGUGCGGCUUGUUGGGACCCAACCCGCUGGCGAGAGCUCGCCUGGGAGGCGCCGCUCUGGUGAGUGGAGGCUGCUCCAGCUGGUUGCCUGAGGUAGUUACCUCUAUUGGACCCCAGUGCCCGCCGUGCGCUCACGCUGCUUCUGUGGAUCCCGAGUGCACAGCGCGCUGUUUACACCCGCGUGGUACUAGUCAUUCAGCCGCACCCCUCCGAAAGCGCUGAGUCGAUGACUGUCACUCCACAGGCUCACGCACUCCCAGUGUGGGCUUGAGGGAGCCAGCACUGGUUACCCAGGGAGGGCGCGCACCACGGAAGACUGAGGGCAGUCUUUGUCUUGGGUUUAUCGCUGAUGCGCUCAAACCUGAGUCAGGCUCACUGCAACUGUAGGGUCCAAUCCUGGUUCCCUGCACCCACCCCACUGGGCGAGGGAUGUCAUUGUGUUCCGGAGGCAGGCGGGAUUGAGAGCUGGAGAUUUAAGACGCCAAAGGGUCCUGCGCUCACGGUGAAUAUACCCAAGAAAAAUUCUGAGAGGAUAUACCCAGUUGACCUGCUGUGAUUAAACAGGAUACUGCUGUAUUUUACCUGGGCUUGACAAAGCAAGGAUAUGAACAAUUGUGCAGGUGGGCUACUCAGGGCGAGUAAAGAGAUAAGGCAGCCAAUCAGGAAUUGGCAACCUGCAGCCCUGCCAAUAUGCCCCUCCACCAGAUUUCCGUAAUCCCUGCUCGGGAGACUGCCAGCAAUGGGAGAAGUUCAAUGGGCAGAAACAAAGAGAAGAACAAGGAAGUCGAGAACGACAAAUCCCCAGGACGAUCUGCCAGUCGAUCAAGUAACAUUUCAAAAGCCAGCAGCCCAACGACAGGGGCAGCUCCCAGGAGCCAGUCAAGGUUGUCUGUCUGUCCAUCCACUCAGGACAUUUGCAGAUCUUCCAUCUUACAUGACAUGUCAGAAGAUGCAUUUGAGCACUGCACCCCUGUCGUGGUGCUGGGUCCUGCUAGGAAGGAGUGUGGUAAGAAACCAGUAAAACACAAGCCUAGGAGGAGGAGAAGGGCCUCGGAGAGAUACAAGCAUGCAGAAGAACAAAUAAAAGGGGGGAAAAAUGACUUUCACCUCCAGAUCUCAAGCCCCAGAUGGAGAGAACUUUACACAGAUUCUUCAGACUCGUCUUCCACAGAUGAGAAUCACUGGAUUCAGACAAAAAAGAGAGCCCAGGUUAAGUUCCGACUGUCACGAAGAAGGAGAAAUAAUAAUAAGCCCUGUGGAAACUCGGCUGCGUCUUCCACUCCUAAUGGAAUUGAGCUUGUCGAUCUGGGAUCCAAAGGUGAGAAGCAGCAGGAGCCAAAGGAAUGUGAGAGUUGCUCUUUAAACCUCUGCAGAGGAAAAGUCCUAAGGUACCAAGAAGGAUCCUUUGAGACGAAGAGACCCUCAAGGAACCAUGAGAGAAACAAAGUUAGAUACCACUGCAGGGAUUCUCAGCUCUUGCACAGUCUUAGGCAAAAUGAAACAAUCAAGAAAGGAUUUUCAGAAAUGGAUUCCAGCACUGAAAUACUGGCAGUUGCAGGAGGCAGCCAGUCCAUGGACAAUACAGGGCUCCAGGUGAAUAACGCUAUUCAGAAUCCUCCAGCCACCUACGAUGAUCACUUAGCAGUGUGCAGGAUCUGUCACUGCGAAGGGGAUGAAGAGAGCCCCCUCAUCACACCCUGUCGCUGCACGGGGACCCUGCGCUUUGUCCACCAGUCCUGCCUCCACCAGUGGAUCAAGAGCUCAGACACGCGCUGCUGCGAACUCUGCAAAUAUGACUUCAUAAUGGAGACCAAGCUCAAACCCCUCCGGAAGUGGGAAAAACUACAGAUGACAACAAGUGAAAGGAGAAAAAUAUUCUGCUCUGUCACAUUCCAUGUCAUCGCCAUCACCUGUGUGGUUUGGUCUUUGUACGUGUUGAUAGACAGGACGGCGGAGGAAAUCAAGCAAGGCAAUGACAAUGGUGUCCUUGAAUGGCCAUUUUGGACAAAACUGGUUGUGGUGGCCAUUGGCUUCACAGGAGGUCUCGUCUUCAUGUAUGUACAGUGUAAAGUCUAUGUCCAAUUGUGGCGCAGGCUGAAGGCCUACAACCGUGUGAUCUUUGUGCAGAAUUGCCCAGACACUGCCAAUAAGCUUGAGAAGAACUUCUCGUGUAACGUAAAUACGGACACCAAGGAGGCUGUGGUGGUGCCAAUAUCACAAACGGGUACAAAUUCACUGCCGUCUGCAGAGAGCGGUCCCCCAGAAGUCAUACCAGUUUGAUGGAACCAGUUGACAGUUUCUUCUCAGAAGACCGACUUUCUAGCCUCAGCCACUACAAUUGACUGAAGUGAUCCUGCAUUACUCACUUCCUUUAUCGGCUCCUUGCUCCUACUGACUCAUUUUUCCUUACUUUGCUCAAAAAGGACAGAAGGAAAAAACAUCAAAUGAGCAGGACACCAGGAAGCGAGCCUGAAGUGAUACGGAAAUGUGAAGAUGGCUAGAGAAUGACUUCUAAGACAAUACAGAACUGUUGGUACCGGAAUGCUUUUAAGCAAUGACAAAUUAAAUGGACACAUGAUACUCUUCGUAGUAGCAGGGGAAAAGUUCAAGAAUAUAGACUUGACUUGUAACAUGUGUUUCUUCUAAGGGUCUUGUAAUGUUAGCUAUCUCAUCUGGAUAAACACAUCUGGUUUUAAGCCUGAAAUUGUCUGCAUUAUUCCUGUCAUACUGGAAGCAAACUUGGAGGAUGCAUAUUUUGAUAUUCUUUGACAGCUGACAGAUUUUUAUGGCAAUAGUGAAGUCUGGUUAUUUUGACAGAUGCAUGUUAUAAAAAUGGAUGCAAUACACAUUUGAAGAUAGUAAUACUUGGAACUAUGUUUGAAUCAUGAACAAAAGAUUUUCAUAAGAUUAUUGGGUGACAUUAGCUCUUUUAAAUGCCCACAAAAGUUGAAAUCAUCUAACGGGUCCUAUAUUUUACCUGGCCCUUCUAAUACAGGGCUGUCCAACAGAAAUACACCUCGAACUACAAAUGUAAGCACAAAUGCAAAUUUUAAAUUUACAGGUAGCCCCUUUAUAAAAAGUAAAAGUAAAUAGGUGAAAUUAAUUUUUAUAAUUUAACACCAUAUGCUAUCAAUGUAAAACAUUAUUGAAACAGUCAUUUUUUUAAAUCAAUUCUUCAAAAUCCAGUAUGCAUUUCACAACACACCUGUUUGGAUGAACUAAAUUGGAUAGCAUGGCCCUAAUUAGAGACUAAGGCUCUACUUUAUUUAAUGGCUGAAUAUUUCAAAAUAAAAGCUUAAUUUAUUCCUUUAUUUUCAAGUUUCAUUGAAGGGUUAUGAUUUUACAAAGCACUAAGUUGAUCAAAUUAAGUGUCCUGGUUUGAAGAAUUAGAUGAAGUUGCCAUUUCUCUAAGAAAACUAAAUUUUUUAAAAAAGCAAUCUGCUUGUAGCAAAAUUGUGAAAUUAACUUCUGUUUGCUACAAUGAAGCAACAAUAGGGAAAUAAAAAUUAAGUAUUUUUGUUAUUAAAUCACAAGUGUUUUUCUUACUCCAUAUGAGUGUCAACUUGACUGAUAAGUAGUUACAGCCACAAACUAGAUCUUAUUUUAAAAAGUUGACAAUAUAUUCCUUGACAGUUCAGAAGCAAAAACAUUCAACAGAUUCUAUGGUAAGUAAUAAAUUGAGUUGUUUAGGUUUGACAAUUGAUUAUUGCAUUCUUUAAAUACUCAUAUAAAACUGAAGUAUGAAUGAUAUUGCAGAGAGCUAGAUUAAUAAUUACAAGCAUAGUGACCUGUCAAAGAAAGAUGGCCUAGUAAAAAAGUGAUUUUUAUUAGCUGUCAUAUUUAUUAUUGUGAAAAGGCAGAGAAGGCCAUAAGAACCAAAGCAUGGGUAUCACAUUGCACAAAUCUGGGUAUCACAUCAAUGCACUUUGUAAUUAUCAGUGUGCUUGUUCUUCACAGAUUAUCAAAGGAAAAAAAUAACCUUUUAAAAAGAGGAGAAAGUAUGGAUAUUAGUAGUGGCUGAUAUGGAGUCCAAAUAGCCACAUUCCUAGAAAUAAAGAAAAGGUAAACAAUGUUGAUUUUGUGUGUGUGGCAUGUGUGUAUUCAUGUAUAUAUGUGAGAAAAAUGUUAAGGUAUUCAGUCAGGAAACAAAAGGUUUAAAACUCAUCUUUCUUAAAACUUUUAGGGGAUGGAGUAAAGGCACAAGGAAAACAAAGUGGAGGUUAUUAAACUGGACCAAAACUACAGCAGGAAUGACUUCAGUGAACCUUAAACAAACUAAACUGCAUUUACUUCCCCUAUAAAGUGUGAAGACAAAUGUACUAAAAAUAACAAAGCUUGGGUGAUUUAAUCAUAGCACCACACCCAAGGAAUUAACCUUGAUCGUAUUUUCCUGUUAAUUUGCUUAAUCCAUUUCUCUAUGGUUUAGCAAGGGCAAUAUGUUGCUUGCAAAUAUUUCAUGGGAGAAAAUCUCAUCUCUAGCAAACAAAGAAAUAUUGAUUCCUCUUUUGUUUGCUCUGAAAGAAAAGCAUUAUUUACCUUAAUUACCAGGGAAAAUACUGUUUUAAAUCCAAAAUAGAUAAGAGUAUAUCUUUGCACAGUGAAAGAUGAUUGGCUAAAAUAAAACCUUACUUAUCAAGGGCUACAUUUAACACUAAGAAACAUUUCUAAAAAGCUAAGACAAGCUUUGCUGUAUUAGUGAUAAAAGAUGAAAUGGUUUUAAAACUGUGCCCAAAGUCUCAAAAUUAACUUUCUUAGGUUUUGAUUUUAUUGAAAUGAGAAAAUAAUAAAGCUCCCUAACAGGAUAAAAGUCAACAUUUAAUUCUGUUCUUCUUCUGACCUUUCAAAAUCCUAACCUGAAUUUCAUUUUAAAAAAUUCACUGCAGAAAAGUUUCAUUAAAAAGCUUUCCUGCAAUGGAUGUUUGUGGUUCACCUGAUUUGGAACAACUACAUUCACUUAAAACCUAAUGUUAAUUCAUUUACAUUCCCUAUGGCAAUGGUACCUUUUUCCUUUCAUCACUGAAAAUAUUUGGCUUUGUGGCAGUGCUUUUUGGUGAACUGAUUUAUCUCUCAAAAAGAAAAAAUGAGCUAUGGAAUGACAAUUUUUUGAGGCAUGUUUACCUGCUCAUGUCAGAAACAAAAUAGAAUUCAAGCAAAGGACGGAAAUUGAAGAAUGAACCUACAGCUGUUUAAAACUUUGGCUUUUUAUAAUUAUGGCCCAAAUUUGUGAUAUUGCCAAUACCAUGAACUACAAACAUUGAGGGUACUGCCCCCCCACCCAAGUACCAGGGAUUGAACUCAGGGGCAUAUUCGACCACUGAGUCACAUCAGCCGUAUUUUGUAUUUUAUUUAGAAUCAGGGUCUAACUGAGUGUUUAGCACCUCACCCAGCAUUUCUGAGACUGGCUUUGAACUCUGGAUCCUACUGUCUCAGCCUCCUGAGCCACUGGGAUUAUUGGCAUGUGCCACCCUGCCUGUUGAGGCUGUUAAUUUCUUAACUAAAGAACUGUCACCUUCAUUGUAUAGGAUUAAAGAAAUGAAAUUCCAACUUUUAAAAAGUGAAGCCCAAAAGGCAAUUAAGUUUAGGAACAAAAACAAACAAGACAAGAUUUCUUUUAACAAAAUUAAAAUAUAAGUGAUCCCAAGGAUGUGGGACAGCAAUGCAGAAAUUGAAGGAAUCUUUCUCAAAAUGCCCCAGCAUUACAUCUCAGUAGGAGCUGCUGUUACAGUGUAAUUAUGGUCACAGAAAGAUGGCCUUGAUUGUACUUCUUGUUUUACAAAAGGUCCUUUGGUACUCUUAAAACAUCUAUUCUUUGGCUGGAAAAUUAGCUCAUUAGCUCAAUGACAUCAUUAAGAGAAAUUAUAAUGGUAAUGGUCAUGGGGCAGGAAGGCCAUUCCAUCCGCUAGAUUUAAUUUAUCUUUCCUUGCCUUGACAAUGAUUUUUCUGGAACAAAGUAGAGGUCUUAAAAUUUAUUAUCAUUAUUAUUGUAGUUAUCAUAUAAUAACUGUGUAAGGAUUACAUUUUAAUUAAGAAAGAUGAAAACCUUUUUUCUUUCCUCAAAUCAGCCCAAUGGUGCUAUUUUACAUAUCAAGAGUUGAAAGGAAGUACUGUUAUUUUGGGCUGCAGUGUUUCCUCCACAUCUAAAGAAAGCCCACCUUGAAAUUGGAUAUUGCAUUGAAACAAAGAAGAAAAAUUAUUUUAACUGUGUGCAAUUUUUGAGAUUGGGCAUUUGUACUUUUUUUAGUUUUACCUAAUUCUCUUUCAUUAACAAUAUACUGUUUGUGAAUAAUGUGUACUAAGACAAACUAAGGAAAAGAAAAUAAAGAUCUGUGAAAGACUUUGUAUAUUAAACAAGUGAUUCCAA